AGUGUGGAGUUUGAUUUCAAUCAAUACAUCAGUGGGCAAACACUUGCUCUUUGCGGCUUUUCUGUUUUUAUCGGGGUUUCGAUUGAACAAGUAAGAUGGGGAUUGUGCUCCGGAUAGUCGUCUUGUGUGUCGUAAUUGCUGCUGUUGUGCAAUGUGAAUAUCCUUCCGAGGAUGCGAGGAUUACGCUGAGGAAAUUGCGGCAAUUACCACCGAUUCCAGAAUGGCCACCAGGUACGGAGAGUCCGGAUAAUCCGAUUGAUCCAGAAGUUGAUGGAGGAGUCAUUCCGGAUUGGCCACCAACAUCAGAACCACCACCCACCGAUAAUGCAGCUAACGAUUCCUCAGCAGCAUGGAUGGUCACGGCUAUUGUAUUUAUUGUUCUCUUCGUGAUUGCAGUGGGAAUCUGCAUUUACAUGUUUGCUACCCUCCCACCUCGUUACAGCAACAACAAGACGUUCACAUUGCCUAGGGUUAACACUCCAGCGCACUAAAAACUGAAGGUCCCAGCCUUUCCAGUUUAUCUUAAUUUUACGUUUUUUCGUACCAUAGAAUUUUUUAUUAAGAAUUGUAAAAUGAUUCUAAAAAGAAAUUUAAGAUAUUUUAAUGUUUUCAUUGUUCAAAUUAAUUCAUUCAUCAUCAAUAAUAUUGAUUUAUGCAUAAAUUUUUGAUUUUUUUUAAAAAUAAUUUUUAUUUUCCUCCGACAUUUUGUGCCAUUGAUAAAACUCAAUCAUUUUUUUUCCACAAAUAAUCUGAUGAGCUACCAAAAUUAAUGAUCACCUAUUUUAAGUAAGAAAAAUCAGUCAAAUUAAGAUUAAAAUCAACAAUAAUUUGUAAAA